UGAAUCUGUCCUCAUGUCACUUGCUUAUAUGGACAAGUUAGAAUGGCAACUUCUGACGCUCUGCUGCUAAAAACAGCCUCAGCUCCCUUCAGCCUAUCGUUUAAACAAUAUCCUCCAGCAAGAGAAACUCAAAGAACAUUUGAUCACACGAGCCUUGGAAUUAUUUCAAGGGAACUAACCCGGAAACUGACCAGUAGCACCCUUAUUCUGAACAUAUGCACCUUGGAAUAGCUAGGGAUGAGCACCUCUUUGAAUUACAAGUCCUUUUCCAAAGAGCAGCAAACCAUGGAUAACCUGGAGAAACAGCUUAUUUGCCCCAUCUGUUUAGAGAUGUUUUCUAAGCCUGUGGUCAUCCUUCCUUGUCAGCAUAACCUGUGUAGAAAAUGCGCCAGCGAUAUUUUCCAGGCCUCCAAUCCAUACCUCACAACCAGGGGAGGCACCACUGUGGCUUCAGGUGGUCGAUUUCGAUGUCCCUCAUGUAGACAUGAAGUAGUUCUGGACAGACAUGGUGUGUAUGGACUUCAAAGGAACCUUCUGGUGGAAAAUAUCAUUGACAUUUAUAAGCAGGAGUCUACCAGACCUGAAAGAAAAUCUGAACAGCCAAUGUGUGAAGAGCAUGAAGAUGAGAAAAUUAAUAUCUAUUGUUUAAACUGUGAAAUGCCUACAUGCUCUCUGUGCAAAGUUUUUGGUGCUCAUAAAGACUGUCAAGUAGCUCCUCUCACAAACGUUUACCAACGACAAAAGACUGAACUCAGUGAUGGUAUUGCAGUGUUAGUAGGAAGCAAUGACAGAGUACAAGGAAUAGUUAGUCAGCUGGAAGAGGCCUGUAGGACACUUGAGGAUUGCUGCAGAAGACAGAAGGAGCAACUGUGUGAAAAAUUUGAUUAUCUGUAUUCAGUACUGGAAGAAAGAAAAAAUGAAAUGACACAAAUAAUCACUAGAAGCCAAGAGGAGAAGCUGGAACAUGUCCGGUCCCUAAUGAAAAAGUAUGCAGACCAUUUGGAGGCUGUGUCAAAGCUUGUUGAAUCAGGAAUCCAGUUCAUGGAAGAACCAGAAAUGGCUGUGUUUUUGCAGAAUGCCAAAACGUUGCUUCAAAAAAUUACUGAAGCAUCAAAAGCAUUUCAAAUGGAAAAAAUAGUGCCUGACUACGAAAAUAUGAACCAUUUCACUGUAAACCUAACUAGAGAAGAAAAGAUAAUAAGAGAAAUUGACUUUUACAGAGAGGAGGACGGGGAUGAGGAAGAUGUGGAGCUCGGGGAAGGUGAAGAGUUUGAUGAAGUCCACACAGAGUCAUCUGGGGAGGAAGAAGGGGUAGCUGAGAAUGUAUCCCAGCACCCUCAGCUGGAUGCAGAACCCAAGAGCACACUAGGCGGACCUCAGGCUCCACCAGACCCAUCCUUUACGCCAGCUGCUUCUGUUAAUGAGGAUCAGGUUGUGCCAGGUGGUUCUCAGCAGACUGCAGAGUCUGAUAUUCAAGUGCCAUCAACAGCAGAAACUGCCGACCCUUUGCUUUACCCUAGUUGGUAUAAGGCCCAAUCACGGCAAGCAAGCACCCCAAGUUCAACCCAAACACAUGAGGGAUUGAGUAAAGUAGGGCCUUCUGGUUCUCUGGAAAUGAACAUAAAGAAGGCAGAAGCUACAGAAGCAGCAACAACCAAUGAAAAUGCACCUGGGAGUGGUAAGGAAACUACAGCAACUUCUGAGACUGGGUCUGAACCAUCCCCGCAAGGACAAGUGAACAGAGCUCCAGCAACCAGUGAAAGAGUUGAUGAGCCGGCUCAUCAUGUCUUCUCUUUCCCCUGGUUAAACUCAUUGAAGGAAUGAUGACUCUCAUUCCAGUGUACUUUUCUGAGAGGAACUGAGGCAACAGGCAACCUGGCUGGAAUUGACAAGAUAUUGUCUGGAAAAGGAACAACUGAUCGGGUUUCAUUCAGAGGGACUUAUUCCACCAAACUGUUUGACAUUUGGGGGUUAAGGGGUAUUGUUGAGAAUUAAGCUGAAUAAAGGGAUGGGAAAAAUUGGA